UGGAGGAAUUCAAUUCAACCUUCAGCCCUUCUACUUCUGUUUCUCUACCUCCCUCCUCUUCUACACCAUCUUUUCUUCCCGGCAUCGAGAACAAGUGUCGUCAUCGUUGCCAUUUGUGUCGGGUCUUCUUCACGAAAAUUGGAAUUACAGGACAAUUUCUGUUGGUCUUCCAGUAUCUACAGUAGAGAACUGCUGAUCUCAGCAUUUUCAAGAGGCUCUGCAUCCUCCCUCUACCGGGAUUGCGUGUUGUCUUCAAGUUGAGCAGCUCGGAAUAACGAUAUAUUCUGGGGCCCCCGUUGCCAGGAACGGCAUCAUGGCGUACAAUCCGUAUGCACCCAACCCCUACGGGCCUCCUCCAUCAUACGGAGCUUAUCCAGGAGGUACCUCAGUUCCACCGGGCAUGGCGCCGCCGCCUGGUCUAGGUCCUCCGCCAGGCAUGUCCUCCGCUCCAGGCAUGGCACCACCUCCCGGUGUUCAACCGCCCAGCAACGUACAAGCUAACCGACAAAGCGGCCUGCCACCGAACUUCCAAGCCCCAAACAUCCCGAACUUCGACUUUAGUGCCCCGGUCAUUCGGCUCUCUGCUUUAGGCGGCAAACCUAGUACCCCUGUCGACAGCGGCCGGAAAGACAGCGCAACGCCCACAUCGGGGCGACCCGGCCUCGGCUCGGAAAGAGGCCCUGAUCAGUCUAGAACCGCGGCGCGAGAGGCCUUGCAAGCACUCGUGCCUCCGACCUACGAAGAGCGACUCCGCACCGUCUUUAUUCACAAAAUCCCCGCCGGAGUCGGCGGCGAUGCAGGGAUGGAGAAGCUCCUCCACUCGCUCGGGCAAUUGCGACGUUGGGACAGUGCCGCCUCGACCCUGUCCGAUACGCAGGGAGCCAAGUUUGGGUUUGCUCAGUUCGAAGACGUCGAGUCGUUUGCCACGGCUGUCGAAAUCCUCGAGGAUGCGGAGGUGCCGUCCAAGCAGCAGGGUCCGAAGGAAGAAAAGACAGAGGGAGAUGCGGUCAACGGUGUGGAGAUGGUAAAACUACGGGUUACGAUCGACCCUGCAUCACGCAAAUACCUCGAGUCUUACAAGGAGAACAGGGGUGAAGAUUCUGCCGCCGAGUCGAGAUUGCAGGCGGCCAGAGAGGCGUUCAAGCAAGUCGUUCAAGAACUUGCCCACCCCAAGGCGGCCGCACCCACAACAGAUGGCGAUGGCGACGUGUCCAUGGGCAACAGCGGAGAAAGCGUCGAGGUUGUGAAUAUCGCCCUUGCGCAAGACGACGAAUUGGCCGAUAUCCCGGCCGAGAUGCGCGAGGUCGUGGCCGCCGAGAUUGCGGCCUUCCGUGAGCGCAGCAUCCAGCGGGACAUGGAACGACUCAAGCGUGAGGAGGAGUUGGAAGAGCGAGAGAGGCGGGCGGCGAACGGGCCACCGCGGCGGACCAGGCUCGACAGCCCAGGACCGGACAACGCUAACAACGUCCCCGUCGGCCCCCGCGGCGGCGCAGGGAACGUGCCAUCCGGGCCGAAAGGCGGCGCCAACGGAAGCCGGUCCGUCUCGUUCGUGAACGGCGGCGUCGCGAACGCCGAACUUUCCAUCCACCGAGAGGACGAGGAGAGCGAAGCGGACGACGAGGAACUAUACCAGAGACAAGUCGACAAGCAAAAGGCGGAGGAAGACAGGAUGUACCUCGAGGCGGAGCGCAAGUGGUUCAACCGAGAGCGGUCUCGACAAGCAGCACUGGAACGAGAGCGCGACCGCGAACUCCGGGAGGAGGAGAGCUUCGAGAGGCGGCGGCAGGAACAGCUGGAGCGGGAGAAGACGUGGGACGACGAACGGGAGGCGAGUCGGAAGACGCACCUGUACUACCGCGACCACGCCGCAUGGGUUCGGAAGCGACAGAUGGAGAGGGCCGACGAGGCGGCACGGGACGAACACGACCGCAGGGCCGAGGCGGACGAGCGGCGCAGAGAAGAGGCGGAGAUGGAACGGGCGCAGGGCAUGGCGGACUCGUUCCUCGACCGGCAAGCGGAGGAGAUGGAAAAGAGGCAGCAGCAGGCGUCGUCCGCAGCAACAGCAGCAGCAGCAGCAGCGGCACCGGCGCCGGCGGCGGCGCCCUUCAAGCUCUCGCUCGGCGCAGCGGCACAGCGGGCCCAGGCGCAACGGGUGGCGCCGUCUCGGCGCACGAUCGCCGAGGUCGAGGGCCUGCUGGACGACGAGGAGCAGGAGAGCACGACGAAGCGGCAGCUGAUUCCGAUCCAGUUCGAGCCGACGACGGCGGUGGACAAGAUGACGGAGGAGGAGCUGAACAACGCGAUCCGCGCGCUCGCCCAGGAGAUCCCGUCAGAAAAGGAAGGGCUCUGGAACUGGGACGUGCAGUGGGACUACCUGGACGACAGCAUCAUCCGGGAGAAGCUGCGGCCGUUUGUGGAGAAGAAGAUUGUCGAGUACCUCGGCGUGCAGGAGGAGUUGCUGGUGGAGGUGGUGGAAGAGCAUCUACGGAAGCAUGGCAAGCCCGGGGACCUUGUCGAGGAGCUCACAGGGGCACUGGACGACGAGGCAGAGGAUAUGGCCAAGAAGCUCUGGCGGAUGGUCAUCUUCUUCACCGAAUGCGAGAAACGAGGAUAUCCGGCUUAAGCAAAACGUAUGACGAGGGAGAGGGAGGUGACGGACGUGAAGAUAUCCACAGCGGGCUUUUUGCCGUGGCAUGGACACUGGGCACAAUUAAAAAGAGACUCCCCUCAAGGAGAGGGACGGGGACGGGGACAUGGGUCAAGGCGCAGAUGUGUUUUCCAUGCUCAGUGUACAACACAACAUCAUAAGACAGAUGCAAUUGACAUCCCCAUGUUGCAUG